UUCAGCCAGAUGAAACCACAGAGCAGCCUCAGCUGAGCUGUCAAUCAGCAGCUUAUCUGUGGGCUGAUGGGAGGUUUGAGGAGCUGUUAGAAACCACAUGAGCUCGUCUGCUCAAACAGCUCGUCCUUGUUUGGCCUCGGCUGCAUCAGAGCUCCACUUCUCCUCAGCUCCUCCAGAGGAAACACCACUGCACACAAUGCUUUUCCUCCCAGCUGCUGCUCUCUGCUGUCUGUGUUCAGAGCAGCAGGUAGUGAAGCCCGUGGUGAGCGUGUACCCAGCAGCCUCCAGAGAUCCCCUGAAGAACCACCUGCUGUGUGUGGCCUCAGCCAUGGUCCCUCCUGAGGUCCAGUUCUCCUGGAAAAGACUGAAGCAGAACGGCGGCCUGGAGGAGCUGAACUCCAGAGAGGGAGAGCAGCUGGAGCUCAGAGAGUCGGGACGCUCCACCGCCAUCUUGGUGCUCGGUCAGCAUGAUGUUGAAACAAAAUAUCGCUGCUCUGUGAAGCACGAGGGAGGAACAGUGGAGGCUGAAACAGAGCAAGUCAUAUAUCCUCCAGCCGUCCCUCCACCACACUGGUACAGAGAGAGGCUGCUCUGCCUGCAGUACACAGUGCUGAUAGUGAAGAGUGUGGUCUACUGCUUUGGACUCUCUCUGAUGAUGAUCCUCAGAAACAAAGGACCGUCCACCAGCUCCACACAUGCUGACUGACCUCCAAGAGCUUCACGUCUCACUCACACCUGGCAUAAAACCACAGAAUUUACAAUGAAAUAAAUAAAUGUCAAGUCAGAGCCUUGCUUUUAAAUUUCUACUCAAACAAGAACAAAAAACAUUUUAGAAGUAAACAUUAUCCUGAACACAUCUAACAACACAGUUAUGCAGACAACAAGAGGAUCUGAAGUCCAGCAAUUUUUAUUGAAAUAAAUUGCUUUCUUUUGUUGAUUAAAGUCAAUAAAAUGUGGUUUGUUAUUUGGUUUUGAUAAAGUUUCAGAUACAUAGGAGUUCAGCAUCAGCGAGGAAAA